GACAAACGUGUCAUAAGUUCAACGUAGAAAAUGGAAAUGUCCUUUGCCUAUUCAAUUGUUCUCUCUCUUGUGCUGAUCACCUUCUUCACUUGUGCAUGGAGAUUACUGUGUAUGUUUUGGUUGCAGCCGAAGAAGGUAGAAAGAUGUCUGAGACAGCAAGGUCUAAAUGGAACCCCUUACAGGCUUUUGUUUCAAGACCUGAGAGACAUCGUGAGAAUGAACAAGCAAGCUCAAUCUCAACCCAUUACUCCUUUCUCCAGUGACAUCGCGCCUCGAUUGCUCCCUUUCUAUUAUCACUGCGUCCAAAAUACGGGAAGCUUUGCUUUACGUGGUUGGGGCCAAAGCCUGUGCUGAACAUCAUGGACUCCGACAUGUUGAAGGAAAUAUUUUCACGGAUCAAUGAGUUCGAAAAGCCGCAUCCCAAGGCCAUCGCAGAUCUCUUACUAUCAGGGCUUGUCGAUGUUGAGGGUGAGAAAUGGGCCAAACACAGAAAGAUCAGCAACCCAGCUUUUCAUUAUGAAAAGUUGAAGUAUGUGGUGACUGCAACAUGUUCAAGCUGUGAGGAGAUGAUUAGGAGAUGGGAGAAGCAAAGUUUGGCAGGUGAAGUGGAUGUGUGGCCUCACCUUCAGCAAUUGACGGGUGAUGUAUUCUACAGAGCUGUUUUCGGGGGUAGCUAUGACGACCGAGCCAAGAGUAUCAUCCUCCUUCAACAAGAGCAAAUUGGCCUCGCUUCCAAAAUUGUUCAUUUCGUCUCAAUGCCUGGGUGGAGGUAAGUCGAGAUUAAUUUAGUUACAAUUUAUCCGGAGAUCUUUUGCA